AUGGGUACCUGUCUGAUCAGCUCCUUCAUUCUCUGGGGCGCUGCGCACCCCUUCGGUAGUCUCCGUUACAUUGAUGCCCUGUAUCUCGCCGUCAGUGCUAUGACGCUGGCAGGCCUCAACACAGUGAAUCUGUCGACCCUGAGCACCUUUCAACAGCUCUGGCUAUUUUUCUUAAUCAUACUCGGCUCCGCGAUAUGGGUGUCCAUCGCCGUCCUCUUGACACGCAGGCGCGCAUUCGAACAGCGGUUUGGCGACAUCAUCCGAGAGCAACGCCUGCAGAGAAGGAGUACGCGUGAGUCCCUGCAAGCAGGCCCCAGCCUUUCCCUGUCGCGGUCGUUUCGCCGACGAGGGACUACCUCGGACCGUCGAAAUUUGCAAUCUGUGCCAGCUGGUAGCACCCAGGCACCUGACCGCAAUGUUGUGUCCCGUCAACCUUCCAGCUACUCACCCAGACAGCCAGGUGGUGGAGUUGCUGAUCUGCCUGUAGCGACGGCUGCGGGAGUCGAACAACGGCAACCAUCUAGAGAGAGCGCGGAGGAGAAACCUAGUCUCUUGAAUUGGAAGCCUUCAGUCAACUCUACCCCUGGCUCUGCGAACCCCAGUAAUCGCGAGGAGGAGCAACCUACUCACUUGGAGCGGAAGUCUUCGGUCAACUUGACUCCUAGCUCUGCAAACCUCAAUAAUCGUGAAGAGUACUCUCGCCUUGCCUUCGCGUCUGAUGUUCAACCUCCUCGCGAACGGUCAUCGAGCACGUAUCCUCGACCGCGUCUUCUCCCGCCCUAUACCAACUACAGACAGCCGUCUGAGUUGUCAGAUCGUGGGCCCAGGCGCGGAGAGGACCUAGCCUCCUCCGGUCAUGAAACUUUGGCGUUCCUACGCCACGUCGGACGAAAUUCUACGUUUCCUACGCUGACCGAGGAGGAACGCGACAAACUCGGCGGUGUGGAAUACCGAGCCGUGUGCCUGCUGACCAUCAUUGUGCCCAUUUACUUUGUGGCCUGGCAGUUUCUUGGAGGGCUGGCAGUGGGGGCUUAUGUGGCCCGUAACAAAAGCACAGUGGCGGAGACGAAUGGCCUGGCUCCAUGGUGGGCCGGUUUCUUUUUUGCGAUUUCCGCGUUCAACAACUCCGGCAUGAGUGUUGUGGACGCCAACAUGGUACCCUUUCGAUCAUCAACGUUCAUGCUCAUCACCAUGGGCCUAUUGAUCCUGGCGGGCAAUACCUGCUACCCGAUAUUUCUACGAUGGAUCCUGUACGCAAUGUUCCGCCUCCUGCCCAAACACCCCUACUUCCAAGAGUCCCGUGACACUCUGCGUUUCCUGUUGGAUCAUCCCCGUCGAUGCUACACCAAUCUCUUUCCUUCACCACAUACCUGGUGGUUGCUCUUCUCGGUGGUCCUACUCAACGGGAUUGACUGGGUGGCGUUCGAGGUUCUAAAUAUUGACAAUCCCGCGGUCAACACGAUUCCGCUCGGCUCCCGAGUCCUCGACGGACUUUUCCAGGCCCUCUGUGUGCGCAGCGGCGGCUUCUAUCUCGUCAACAUUUCCGCCCUUCAGCUGGGUAUGCAGGUCAUAUACGUGAUUAUGAUGUACAUUUCCGUGUAUCCCGUGGUCAUCACCAUGCGCAACUCCAACGUCUACGAGGAGCGCAGCCUGGGGAUCUACGCUGAUGAUAUGCCAUCGGAGUCGCAGGAUCCGGACGGCCAGGAGAAAAACCUACCGGGGAAGACGCCCUCCGGUCGGCUUUACUUUAUUCAACAUCAGCUGCGGGCGCAACUGGCCUAUGACCUCUGGUGGAUUGCCCUGGCCGUCAUCAUUAUCUGUAUCGUGGAGGCGGGUAGUUUUACCCGCGACCCGGUGACAUAUUCCGCCUUUAACAUUAUCUUUGAGACCGUCAGUGCAUACGGCACCGUCGGAAUUAGCACGGGCCUGCCUGAUCAGAUGUAUAGUUUUUCCGGAGGCUGGCAUACCCUGAGCAAGCUGGUCCUCUGCGCGGUGAUGCUGCGUGGCCGGCACCGUGGAUUGCCUGUCGCGAUCGACAAGGCUAUUCUGUUGCCCGGGGAGCACCUUAUCCAGGCGGAACAGGAAGACGCGCACAUCCGCUUUGAAAGGACGAUGAGUCGAAGUCGAAGUCGGACCAUGGCAUAA